UGAGAAGGUGAGAAGAUAUCCCGGAGUACACGGCCACUUCGAUCGAUCGUCAACGCUGUAUCUCGCUGCGCCGCUCCGUGGGUCUUUUCUUAUCAGUGCGAGAGGAGCGAUAGACGGGGAGUGAUCGGCGGGGUGUGACGCUUUUUGCGGAUCAUACCUUGCACGAUGCGCGACUUUGCGGGUGUCUCGGUAUCGGAUUUCCAUUAUCGGAGCGACAGCGGAUAAUUCGGUAACAGUGCACCGCGAAAUUAGGUGUCUGGAACUCGGGAUCGGAGUGUACUGCGGUGCAUCUCGCACUCGCAGGUUGACGUAUUCCCGAAAUCGGGAGUGGACGCGGACUGGUGUUUAAAGUGCUAAUUAGUUACGCGGAUGUUGGAGUUCGUAUAUCCCACGACGGUGUGAUCUCUCGGCUGUCGACCGAAACGUCGCUUGCCGUCUCGCGGACUCCGGCUCAGCAUCAUGGACUAUUCGAAGAAAGUGACUGGACCCGAGAAUGGAUCCAGCCAGGAACAGGAAAACGAAACGCAAAUUGAUGCUGCAUCACCAUCAUCAAGUGUUGAGCUAUCGGAGAAUGGCGCGCAUCCAUGCCCGACGUGCCCGUCGGUAUUUUCCAGUUCCCACGAACUGACGAAUCAUCUGCGUGGCCACAAUUCCCCUCGCAGCACAGACUGCAGCGGCGAAGAGGACUAUAGUUGUAGCGUAUGUAAUAAGGUACUUAGUUCGGCGAGUUCGCUGGACCGGCAUGUGCUGGUGCACUCAGGCGAACGACCGUUCAAGUGCAAACAUUGCGAUAUGUCGUUCACGACGAAUGGCAACAUGAACCGACACGUGAGAUGUACACAUCGGAUGGUGUCGCCGAACAGUUGCACGGACUCUGAAGGUAGCAGCAGUUCGGAAAGACCGGCGGGGACAAGUCAAGACGAGUACAACAACAAUGAGAUAACUAGGCACAAUUCACCGGACUUGAUCGACGAUCGACAACAACCGUCGCCCAGCAACAACCGCGGAAACAAGCGGAAAUGCGCAGACGAAGACAUCAGUGACAUGGAGGAUCAGAGGAGGCAUAAGAUCCUCUUGAACAACACCAAGAUGUCGAUCAGGUGUAGGCCAGAGGAUGAGCAAAAAACUUUUGGUUGUUUGCUCUGCAGUCAGGAUUUCGCAAGCAGUGCGAUUUUGGAGUCUCAUAUGGAGCGCGUGCACCCGGGUUCUCCAGCUACAUGCGAGACCUGCAACCAGUCGUUCAAGAAUCAUCGUGCGUUAAACCUUCAUCGUUCAAUGAGACACUACAAGAAGAACUCGGAAGGCAACAACAGCCGUAGCCUGCGUAACACUGUGGACGGUUUCAGGGAUCUGACGUUCAUUGAUUUUUCGUCCAUCAAAUUUCCAACGAUCGCUCGGGCGAUGUGCGAGCGUGAACUGCAUCGACCGGCCUCUGGCGAGGCCAAUAGGUUCCAGUGCAUGAAGUGCUUGCACGCGUUUCCCUGCAGACAGGCCCAAUUAGCCCAUGAAAAAGAAUGCAAGGGUCCCUACAAGAACAAAAGAAACAGCAACGAUAACAACAAUAAUAAUGAUAUUAGUACUAACAACAAUCUCGAGACAGAGCUGAACGAUCCGAGCCCGCAGCCCGAUGAUCCUAAGACAAAGCGCGAGAUAUUUUUCGCUGUGUUGGAUCUACAGAAUAAGUCUUUGGCGCACGAGACGAAGGAACCACGAGAACCAAGCGAAAUCAGGGAAUUGAAAGAGACUAAGGAUUUAGCGGAUAUCCCGAGCAUCUUAUCUGUUAGUCUGAAUGGACUGCAGACCUUUCCUCGAUCGGAUGCGAGCACGCCCGAAAAUAACAUCAAAUUCAAUCCAAAUAUUGGCUCUUCAGGUUCCUCAGGCACCUGUUCGUCCGAAUACAAUGAAGAAGAAGCGCAGGAUGCCUUCACCGCGGAAUUCCGGAAGAUGAAACUGAAGGGCGAGUUCCCAUGUAGACUAUGCACAUCUGUAUUUCCCAAUUUGCGAGCAUUGAAGGGACACAAUCGUGCGCAUAUGAACGUGGAACCGGGUAUGUCAUAUCCGUGCAAUAUGUGUCCUUAUAGCAGUACUGACAAAGGAGCUCUGAUGAAGCAUCUGAGAUCGCAUAACGGUGACAGGCCGUUUGAAUGCUCUCUCUGCAAUUAUGCAUUCACCACCAAAGCAAAUUGCGAGAGGCACGUGAAGAAUCGUCACGGGAUGAUUAGCAAAGAAGACGUUAAGAAUGCAUUAAUCUAUCAUCCGAAUGAAGAUUCGACAAACGAUAACAUCGAAAGAAGCUCGCCCAGAGUCAUCAGAGAAGAUGUGCGGAAGACACUUAUUUAUCCGAAUGAACGCGAAGAGACUCCUCAACAACAAAUACACUAUCCGUCUAUAGCAAUGGAUUGUAAUCCUGGACCAUCGAAUAUUUGCCCCGAGAUAUUGAUGAAUCGCUAUGAUAAGUCGGACGCGUUCACCAGAGUGAAGAUGCAGGCUCUUAAUCUUGUCAAAAGAAACGCCGACGAAGCAAACGUAUCUCACGAUUUGCUCGUGAAAUCUAAUUAUUCGAAGAUCGAUGACGAUGUCGAGUCGGGAUCGUCGGACGGCAGCGUGUCUCUAGUCAGUGAUACCAAAACGGAUACACACCAAAGAAUUCAAGCUAGUCCGAUGAACCUGACGAAGCCCUCAACAAGCUCUGGGUUGAGCUCGGGGGAGGACGGUCCGUUGGAUCUGUCCAUGGAUGUGUUGGAUCUGAGCAGAAAGCGAAAGAGAGAAAAUGAGGAUUGCGGUUCACAGGAGGAGAAGCGGUUUAAGAGCAAUCAACAGGAAUUGUACGCCACGAAUCCAGCAUUGCUGUUGACUCAAGCUUUGCUGAACAGAGCACGUGAGAGCUCACCGACGACGUCACUGGAGACUCUUUAUGCGAAUACUAUUUAUCGCAAUUUCGGUACGUUAACCAGUGCCGGCAUGAUACCGCCAUACUUCCUCAGUCCUCACAUGUUCGGCCAGGAAUUAACGAAGGGCAGACUACAGAAGGAAUUGGUUAGAGGUUUGCAGCUCACUGGUGGCGGUACACUUUCAGUGGAUCCGUCACUACCCAGCACCAGUUACGCAGCGUAUCCGCAAACAAGGGACACUCCGCAAUCCUCGAGUGAGCAAAAUGCUUAUGCAAACUUGAUGAAUACGCAGAUUACUAAUCAGACCGCGCCGAGCCGUGAAAAAACAGAUGUUAUCCCAUCGAAUGAUCCUGUAAAGAUGGUACUCAAGAACGGAGUAUUAAUCCCCAAGCAAAAGCAACGUAGAUAUCGUACCGAGAGACCUUUUACUUGUGAGCAUUGCACGGCGAGAUUCACGCUUAGGAGUAAUAUGGAACGACAUAUCAAGCAACAGCAUCCACAAUAUUGGAGCCAAAGACCUCGCGGUGGACAUUCGACUAGAGGUCGACCGCCCGCAAGUCAUCCAAGUAUGAUACAGACUACUAGUCCAUCGUCCUCGCAAAUAGUUCAACCAUAUUCGAGCAUUCUUCCGAACGUCGACACGCCGGGGAUCACAUCGGACUACGGCACACACCCUAUCUCGGAUCAAGUAAAAUACGCGAUUUUAGCGCAACAACUGAAGGCCAAUAAAAUAGAUGACAAUGAGUCAGACAACGAAAUGGUGAUAGACGAGGAGCCGGUUGAUCGGGACGUUCAGGAAUCGCAAGUUCAACGCGAGUCUAGUAUGAGUUUGUUGAGAGAUCAGUUGGAAAACAGCGAUGGUGUUAAAGAUAUUCUCGUAAAAACAGAAGCGGCCGAGUCCGCGGAGGAAACCUCGGAAGAAACCCACGGUGAACAGAUCACACGGAAUAACAUCGACGCCGAUCUGGAAGAAUCCGCAGCUGAAAGCAAAUCAAUACGCGCUGAAGAAAUGAUACAAUCCACUGAAAAGGAACAAGGCAAACUUGAAGACGGAGCGCCCGAUCUCGCUAGUGUCUCAAAACUUUUAGACAAUGCGUCUCAGCAAUAUCAACAAUUUCAACCGCAAUAUUUGAGUGACGAGGAGGGCCCCGUUGCGUCGACCAGUGGUAAUAACUCCGGCAGCGAGAAGUCCGAUUCUAUGAAUUCCUUGAACUCCGGAAAUGAUUCCUCGCCAAAUAAGAAGAAGAAAAAGAAGAAGAAGUCCGCAUACUCAAUGGCACCAAACCGCGUUUCAUGUCCGUAUUGUGACCGUCAAUUUCCAUGGACUUCGUCGCUGAGACGACACAUUCUCACCCACACUGGCCAGAAGCCGUAUCAGUGCAUUCACUGUUCGCAUCAUUUCACUACCAAGUCCAACUGCGACCGCCAUUUGUUGAGAAAGCACAAGGCGAAAGCGAACAAAAUGCGCCGUGUCAGGAAUUCAUCCUCGCCGGACGUCCAAGUAGUCGCUAGCAGCAGCAGUAGCAGCAACGGCAGCAACACAUUCUCCAUGAGAAAUGUGCCCGAGAGGCCGUUCAAAUGUCAUCAGUGUCCAAGCUCGACGUUCGCCACGUUGGGCAAUCUGAAGAAGCAUCGGUCGAGUAAGCACCGCAAGAAUGCGUCUAGAUCGGAAUCUAGUGAUCAACAAAACAGUCCGCCUCAAUGCCCCGCGCAAAAUGACCAGAGCGAUUACGAGAGCCGUUCAUCGAGCAUGUCCGACAACAUGGAGAACACAUCGUCUGCCGUCGCAGUCGCGAAACCGACUUCCACCGCGUCACCCUCGAUAAAUGACGCCACCAGAUCGCGCAAAUCACCAAGAUUAUCACCGAGUCCCGGUGAUGUACCCUUCAAAUGUUAUCUGUGCGACAGCGGUUUCUCGGAACGACAGGACUGCCUGGACCACAUCAAAGCCAAUCAUAGUCGUUCAUACGAUAUGUUGAAGGCCAAAGGGGCUCUCGACAUGGCGUCCAUGAAUAUAGAUGCAAACGAAGAUCAGAUGUUAGCAUCGCACCAACAUCUCAGUGAUGGAGAAGAAAAGAAAGGCCGUUUUCCUGAUUACAGCAACAGAAAGGUUAUGUGCGCUUUCUGCUUGAGACGAUUUUGGUCCGCGGAAGAUCUCCGGCGUCACAUGAGGACCCACACGGGUGAGAGGCCCUUCGAAUGCGACAUAUGCACCAGGAAAUUCACGCUCAAACACAGCAUGCUACGCCACCGUAAGAAACAUGAGUCAGUGGAUUCCGCCAUGUAUAUAGCUAACAGCGGCGACGAGGACAAUUCGCCUGCGCAACCACCAACGAUAACACCUAGGAGUCAACAGCACUCGCCAAUCUCCACUAACACCAGCAGGCCCCGCACACAGGAUAGAAUCUCUUUGCCAACCGUCGCGGCGGUAGCAACGGCGGAUGCGGCACCCUGUGCCCUGAUGCGAUACAAUCACUAUGAUAACAUGGCCACUCUCACCGGUAGAAUGGCGAACGACGGUCCCCAAGGUGCCGCAUCCGCUCCGCUGUCUUCUCCGCCGCCUCCCGCGGAGAUACCCAGUGAGAGCGGAGACAACGACCUGAUCUCUAAUUUGCUGGGUAUACGCGAGAAAGGUUUGCUCGACAAGGUUCUUCUAAGCUCGGCGGACGACGCGGCGAAGUUAUUGGGGGUGAACCAUAAUGAGUAAUCGAAUGAUCAAUCGUGUAAGAGACAAAAAGAAGAGGGGUACGAUCAGACAUAUAAAUCGCGUGAAUAGAUAUAGAUUAAAUUGGAUAAAAAUACAGAUUGGAAUAAAGACAGAUUAGAUUCGGAGUGAAUGUAAAGUAUAGAACUGUACUCAAGAUAUUAAUUACCGAGAUAUUAAACAACUAUUUUGAAUCUCAGAAGAUUAUGAGUAGAAAAAAAAGCAGAAUUGUAAUGUAACAAACCGUUUACCGCUAACGAGAGUUAUUCUAAAGAUUAUUAGAAGAUUAAAAUUAUCAUUAACGUCUGAUCGCACACCACUUUCUUUUAUGGUUCAUGAGCACAGAAGAUAUCUUGAAAUUAUUCGGAUUUUUCGAUUCUCCGUUUAGGUCACUAUUUCAUUUGUAUGUUUUUGUUGUACGACAAAUUUUUCAAGCUUGUUGAUUGGUUAUAGAGAUCCGAGGAUCAUUGCACACAUUUGUUAUAUGACAAAAAUCCACAAAUGAAAUAGCACCCUUAAGGUUCACGAUCGUGCCUUAUACUCUUUUAUCAAUUUAUCGCACGUGUUCGUAUAAAACACUGUAGUGUCUUAUAAAGUUUAUCUGAUGAAAUUAUUUGUGAGCAUUAUACGCUACGUACGAUGUAAAAUUUUACCAUUUGUAAUGAGAACAGAAUUGUCAACAAAUUUGCUUACAUUGCAAAAAGUAGGUGAU